UUCCCCACGUCCCGAGGCCCCACUUUCUCUUUGUCAGCCCAUGAUCGUUUUGCACAAUCUGCUCCACUCCGCAUCCACAUCGCCACACAAGCCGUUCGACUCUGCCGAAUGAGCUCGUCUGCCGAUGCACGAUGCGGGAGAUGAAGCUUAACUCCCCGCUGGCAAGUGCAUGCAGCCUUGCGACUCGUUCUUUACAUAUCGCGUCCCUCCCACACAAACAGUCCUCACGAUUGUGUAGCCAUGUCGACAGAAACCUCUUACACCGUGCCCCUCCUCAUCAACGGUAAGGAGGUCACUACCACGACAACCUUCGCCGUCACCUCCCCUUCUUCGCACAGUCAGAUCUGGCAGUCGUCGUCUGCUUCGGUGGAGGAUGCCAAAAAUGCUACCUCCGCGGCACAGGCCGCGUUCCCAGCCUGGGCGAAGAUGAAGCCAGCCGCAAAGCGCGACAUCUUCAUGAAGGCUGCCGACAUCAUCGACUCCCGAGCAGGCGAGCUUGCUGGCUACAUGAAGACCGAGACCGGCGCGGCUGAGGCCUUCAGCAGCGGGUUCAACGUCCCCAAGUGCGCUGACAUGUUGCGUGAUGUUGCGGGCAGGCUGAGCACGAUCAUGGGGCACAUCCCCAGUUGCGAAGCCGAGGGCACAGCCGCAUUGAUUGUCAAGGAGCCGCUGGGCGUUGUACUUGCAAUUGCACCCUGGAAUGCCCCUUAUGUCCUUGGUAUGCGUUCGAUUCUGUAUCCUCUGGCAGCCGGCAACACCGUUGUGUUCAAGGGGUCAGAAUUCUGCCCCAGGACAUGGUGGGCCAUCGGCAAUGUCUUGACUGAGGCCGGUCUUCCUGCAGGCGUUGUCAACGUGCUCUUUCAUCGACCUGAGGAUGCUGCGAAGGUCACAUCUGCCUUGAUUGAGGAUCGCGCAAUCAAGAAGAUCAACUUCACAGGUUCCACGGCUGUUGGCCGCAUCAUUUCUUCCCAGGCUGGCAAGAAUCUCAAGCCAGUUCUCAUGGAGCUCGGCGGUAAGGCGAGUGCCAUUGUGUGUGCCGAUGCAGAUCUAAGCAAGGCUGCCACACAGUGUGCUCUUGGUGCGUUUUUGCAUUCUGGCCAGAUCUGCAUGAGCUCUGAAAGGGUGCUUGUGCACAAGAGCAUCAAGCCACAGUUCUUGGAGGCCUUUAAAGGUGCCGUGGAAGGUAUUUUCGGAGGUGACAAACCAGCGCCCGUGACGGUCAUGUCUGUCGCAGUCGAGAAGAACAAGAAGCUGAUCUCCGACGCCGUGAGCAAGGGCGCUACGGUGGUGCAUGGUGACCACGAGAAGGACGAGCCACACCCCGAGACCAAAGAGCCCUCCAGCACGAGAAUGCGUCCUGUCAUUGUCGAGGGCGUGAAGAAGGAGAUGGAUUUGUACUACACCGAGUCUUUCGGGCCUUCUGUCUCCCUCAUCGAAUUCGAAACCGAGGAGGAAGCCAUUGCGAUUGCCAAUGACACUGACUAUGGUCUCUCCGGUGCCGUCUUCACUGAGAGUCUCGGCCGUGGUCUGCGUAUUGCGAAGCAGAUCGAGACUGGUGCCGUACACAUCAAUUCCAUGACCGUCCACGACGAAUGGACGCUUCCACAUGGCGGAGCUAAGGCAAGUGGGUUUGGUCGCUUCAACGGCAACUGGGGGAUCGAAGAGUUCUUGAGGACGAAGACCAUCACCUAUCAGGAAUAGACGAAUGCGAUCCAGAUCUCCCA